AUGAAUCCUAUCAGGUCGGCGCUGGUGGGCGCCGUUUCGCGAAGAUCCUCAACCUUCUCUCGCCCCCCCUUACGAACCGCUUUCCCAGCGUCCAGCCGAUUAGCCGCAGAGGCCAGAAGGAUAGUCGGUAACAACAUCCAACCGAACCGGAGUGUCUCGUCGACUGUCAAAGCAAAGAUCAGCGUCAAGAAUCCUGUGGUGGAACUCGAUGGCGAUGAAAUGACUCGGAUAAUAUGGCAGGAUAUCAAGGACAAGUUCAUUAAACCUUACCUCGAUAUUGAUUUGAAAUACUAUGAUCUGGGGUUACCUCAUCGAGACCAAACGGACGACCAGGUUACGGUUGAGGCGGCCGAGGCUAUCAAGAAAUACUCGGUGGGUGUGAAGUGUGCAACAAUCACCCCGGAUGAGGCUCGUGUCAAGGAAUUCAAUCUGAAGAAGAUGUGGCUUUCUCCGAAUGGAACGAUUCGAAACAUCUUAGGUGGCACCGUUUUCCGUGAGCCGAUAGUGAUUCCCCGAAUUCCUCGCCUUGUCCCAGGUUGGGAGCAUCCCAUCAUCAUUGGCCGUCACGCCUUUGGCGACCAAUAUCGAGCCAAAGAUGAAGUCUUCGACGGCGCCGGCACCCUCGAGAUGGUUUUCACCCCGAAGCACGGCGAGCCUAAGCACGUCAAGGUUUUCGACUUCCCGGGAAGCGGUGGAGUCGCUCAAACUCAGUACAACACGAACGAGAGCAUUAGAGGUUUCGCGCAUGCGAGUUUCAAAUUCGCCCUCGAUAGAGGAUAUCCACUUUACAUGAGCACGAAGAACACAAUUCUGAAAGCCUACGACGGUCGCUUCAAGGAUAUCUUCCAAGAAAUCUAUGACAGCGAAUACGCCAAGGGGUUCGAGGCCAAGAAGAUCUGGUAUGAGCAUCGACUCAUCGACGACAUGGUGGCACAGAUGAUCAAGUCGAGCGGUGGCUUUGUCAUUGCGAUGAAGAAUUAUGACGGUGACGUACAAUCUGACAUUGUGGCUCAAGGAUUUGGCUCUCUGGGCUUGAUGACUUCCCAGCUCAUCACCCCCGACGGACUGACGUAUGAAUCCGAAGCCGCCCACGGUACAGUCACGAGACAUUACCGUGAACAUCAAAAGGGUCGUGAAACAUCGACGAAUCCGAUCGCAAGUAUUUUUGCCUGGACACGGGGACUGGUCAAGCGAGGCCAACUCGACAAUACCCCUGAACUGGUCACUUGGGCCGAGUCUCUGGAGAAGGCAGUCAUUGACACGGUCAACGACGAAGGAAUUAUGACAAAGGAUCUCGCACUUGCAUGUGGACGAAAGGAUCGAGAAGCGUGGGUGACGACGAGCCAGUUCAUGGAAGCCAUUGAGAAGAGGUUCAAGAAAAAUUUGGAGAAAGAAGGCUUGGGGGAUGUUGCAAGCAAAUAA